AUGGAAAAUGAUUCCUUCGGAGCUGGGCAGAGUGGUGGAGGAUGGAGGGAACUAUCGCGCGUAUCGCGGCCAUUUGAGGGAGUCGCGAAGAAGAGGGGAAAACCUGCAUUGCCCCCGCCAUUCUCAGAGAGUACCAGUUGUCCGUUGGAAGCCUCCAACGGCAAGGACCCAUCCGGCCGUAAGAAUGAAGAUCCUCAAGGGACACCACCAGCUGUUGCCCGAAAGUCCAAAAUAUUUGGAGCCUUAUUGGUCCUCGGGGGAAGCCGUGAUUUCUGCUAA